AUGGUAACAACAUCGAAUACUUAUGAUGUGUGCGUAGUGAUUUCCAAUAUUCCAGUAAAUGCCCAAUGGGAACAGAAUGGAGUGACUGUUGCUGGAGGUAACGGGCCAGGCAGUGCCACUAAUCAACUCUACCACCCUAACGGUCUCUUCGUUGAUGAUGAUCAAACAGUGGUUAUCGCUGACCAUUUCAAUCAUCGUAUUGUUCAAUUGAGAAUCGGUGAUACAAUUGGACAAGUGGUUGCUGGUGGCCAUGGCUUAGGAGUCCGAUUAGAUCAAUUGAAUUAUCCCACCGAUGUAUUGAUCGACAAUGAGACAGAUAGUCUCAUCAUUUGUGAUCGAGAGAAUCGACGAGUCGCACGAUGGUCUCGUCGUAGUGGUACAACUCAAGGAGAAAUCCUCAUUGACAGCAUCUGGUGUUAUGGAUUGACCAUGGAUGAUCAGAGAUAUCUCUACAUUUCUGACGCUGACGAACACGAAGUAAGACGAUAUCAAAUAGGAGACAAGAGAGGAACUGUCGUAGCUGGUGGUCGUGGCGAAGGUGCUGGUCUUAAUCAACUCAAAGUUCCGACCUACAUUUUUGUUGAUCAACAACAGACUGUCUACGUGUCAGACAACAUGAAUCAUCGUGUGAUGAAAUGGAAUAAAGGUGCAAAAGAAGGAAUUGUCGUCGCUGGUGGUCAAGGCCAAGGGAAUGCUCUGACACAAUUGCGCUAUCCUAAUGGAUUGUUCGUCGAUACAUUGGGUACCGUCUAUGUGGCAGACACGUGGAACCAUCGAGUGAUGCGUUGGCCUAAUGGAGCCACACAGGGCACUGUUAUUGUGGGUGCAAAUGGUGGAGGAAAAAUAGAAAAUCAGUUAAAUAAUCCCGAAGGUUUGUCCUUCGACAGAUAUGGCAAUCUCUAUGUUGACGAUUAUUAUAAUCAUCGUGUUCAACGUUUCUCUAUUGAAUAA